UUAAUUCUAUAAACUAGAUCGAGAGCCACUUGCCAGCAUCAAAAACUACUUUUCUUGUCUAUGACAUUUCAAUUUGUAUAAAGAUAACUGGCAACAUUGAUACGUAGCAGUUUUCUGAGUUUUCUAACUUUGCAGUUCGCUUGUCGCUACACAGUGAUUUUGUUUAAAUUUAAAAUGUGGAUUUAAUUAUUGUAAUGUAGCGGAUUGUGCAUAAAAACUAGCAAAAUGUCGCUCGAAAUACCAUUGAUGAGCACCGAUGAGGUGAUUGAGCUAGAUCCGGAUUCAUUACCUUCCGGAGAUGAAGUGCUUAGCAUAUUGCAACAGGAAAGAUCGCAGCUCAAUGUCUGGAUUAACGUUGGUCUUGCAUAUUACAAACAAAAGAAGAUCGAUGACUUCCUCAAGAUACUGGAGGCGUCCCGUACGGACGCCAACAUUGACUAUAGAGACUUUGAGAGAGACCAAAUGCGAGCCCUCGAUAUGCUGGCCGCAUACUAUGUGCAGGAGGCCAACAAAGAAAAGUCGAAGGACAAGAAAAAGGAAUUGUUCACGAAGGCAACACUCUUGUACACUAUGGCUGAUAAAAUCAUCAUGUAUGAUCAAAACCAUCUCCUUGGCCGAGCAUACUUCUGUCUUCUUGAAGGCGACAAAAUGGAGCAGGCUGAUGCUCAAUUCAACUUUGUCCUCAAUCAGUCACCAAACAAUGUGCCCUCAUUGCUUGGUAAAGCCUGCAUUGCCUUUAACAGAAAGGAUUACAGAGGAGCCCUGGCAUUUUAUAAAAAAGCUCUUAGAACUAACCCGGAUAGUCCAGCAGCUUUAAGACUGGGAAUGGGACACUGUUUUAUGAAGCUGAACAACCAGGAGAAGGCUAGGAUGGCAUUUGAGAGAGCUUUACAACUGGACCCACAGUGUGUUGGAGCUCUUGUAGGCCUGUCUAUUCUUAAACUAAACUUGCAGGAGAGUGAGUCAAACAAAAUGGCCGUCAUUAUGUUGUCAAAGGCGUAUGCAAUAGACCCCAAGAAUCCUAUGGUUUUAAAUCACUUAGCUAAUCAUUUCUUUUUCAAAAAGGACUACAGCAAAGUCCAGCAUCUAGCGUUGCACGCGUUCCACAACACAGAGAACGAGGCGAUGCGAGCUGAGAGCUGUCACCACUUGGCUCGAGCCUUCCACGCGCAGGGCGACUGUGACCAGGCCUUCCAGUAUUACUACCAGGCGACACAGUUCGCGCCGCCCAACUUCGUGUUACCUCACUAUGGGCUCGGACAGAUGUACAUCUAUAGAGGGGAUACGGAAAAUGCGGCCCAGUGUUUCGAAAAAGUAUUAAAAGUCCAACCCGGAAACUACGAAACAAUGAAAAUAUUAGGAUCUCUUUACGCUAACUCACCGUCACAAUCCAAGCGAGACAUUGCGCGCCAACAUUUGAAGAAAGUUACGGAACAGUUUCCUGACGAUGUUGAAGCUUGGAUUGAGUUGGCUCAAAUAUUGGAACAAAAUGAUCUGCAGGGCUCUCUACAUGCAUACAGUACUGCAAUGAAGAUUCUUAAAGAAAAAGUUAAUGCAGAUAUUCCGGCCGAAAUACUAAACAAUGUUGCUGCCUUACAUUAUAGACUUGGUAAUUUAAAUGAUGCUAAGAAUUAUUUAGAAGAGGCUUUAGAGAGAGAGAAAGCAGACGCCGAGACCCUGGACGCACAAUAUUACAAUUCAAUAGCAGUGACCACCAUGUAUAAUUUAGCGCGUCUAAAUGAAGCACUCUGUAUGUACAACAAGGCUGAGAAACUUUACAAGGAUAUUCUGAAGGAACAUCCCAAUUAUAUUGACUGCUAUUUAAGAUUAGGCUGUAUGGCUAGAGACAAAGGUCAGAUCUACGAAGCGUCGGAUUGGUUCAAGGAAGCUUUGAAAGUAAACACGGAACAUCCCGACACGUGGUCGUUGCUAGGCAAUCUGCAUUUAGCGCAACAGGAGUGGGGACCCGGACAAAAGAAGUUCGAGAGAAUAUUACAAAACUCUUCCACGUCGAACGAUGCGUAUUCUCUUAUUGCACUUGGCAACGUGUGGCUCCAAACUCUACACCAGCCAUGCCGUGAGAAAGAUAGAGAGAAGCGGCACCAAGAACGAGCUCUCGCCAUGUACAAACAAGUGCUGAAGAAUGAUCCUAAAAACAUAUGGGCAGCUAAUGGUAUUGGCUGUGUACUCGCACAUAAGGGGUGUGUGAACGAAGCUCGCGAUAUAUUUGCGCAAGUUCGAGAAGCGACGGCUGAUUUUCCUGAUGUGUGGAUGAACAUUGCGCACAUUUAUGUUGAACAGAAACAGUAUAUUAAUGCGAUACAAAUGUACGAGAACUGCGUGCGCAAGUUCCGCAUGCACCACGACGUGGAGUGGCUGACGUGGGUGGCGCGCGCCGCCACGCUGGCCGGGCGCGCGGGGCUGGCGCGCGCCGCGCUGCUGCGGGCGCGGCGCGUGGCCCCGCACGAGCCCGCGCUGGCCUACAACACCAUGCUGACGCUGCGGCGCCGCGCCGCGCUCGUGCUCAAGGACGAGCGCUCGGCGCUGCGCGGCGUGCUGCGCGCCGUGCACGAGCUGCACGUGGCGCACGCGCACUUCGCGCGCCUGCGCCCGCAGCACCACGAGGCGCGCGUCUGCGCCGACCUGCUGUCGCAGGCGCAGUGGCACGUGGCGCGCGCGCGCCGCCAGCACGACGAGGAGCUCACGCUGCGCGACCGCCAGCGCGAGCAGCGCGAGGCCUUCCGCAAGCAACAGGAAGACGAACGCAAACGUCGCGAAGAAGAAGCACAAAAGAGUACAGUGGAGAUGCUACAAAAGCGACAAGAGUACAAAGAGAAGACGAAGAACGCGUUGCUGUUCGCCGACAUGCCGGUGGAGAACAAGUCCAAGGGCGGGCGCGGACGGCGCCGCGACGAGUACGUGUCUGACUCGCCCGGCAGCGGGAGCGACGCCGCCGCGCCCAGGGAAGAGGGUCGGGAGCCCAAACAACGCAAACGCAAGCGCGAGCAAGGCGAGAGUCGUAAAGGCAAGUCGCGUAAGAACAGACGCGAGAACCGCGGCUCUGGCAGCGACAGCGACCCGCCCAAGAAGCGUGGCAGAAAGAAGGGUGAAAAAGGCAUCGGUAAACGAGAGAAAGCAAGAGCAGCUAAAGCCGCCGACGAAAAACUUAGCGCGAAACAACGCGCGAAGAUUGUUUCUAAGGAAACCAUAUCGACUUCUGAAUCAGAGUCUGAUAACUCACGCAAGUCGCGCAGUAGAAGUCGCAGUGGCAGCGGUAGUCGCAGCCGCAGCGGUGGAAGUCGCAGUCCUCCCGCCAACAAGGGACGGAAGAGGAUUAUGUCUGCCUCGGACAGUGAUAGGUCGCGAUCCAGAUCUAAGUCGAAAUCUCGCAGUCGAUCGCGGUCAGGCUCCAAGCGCCGUUCGAGAUCUAAAAGCAAAUCUCGUUCGAAGAGCCGCUCCAAAUCCAAAAGCCGAUCCAGGUCAAGGUCUAAAAGUCGUUCUAGAUCCAAAAGUCGGUCACGUUCGAAGAGCCGCUCCAAGAGCCGUUCCCGAUCUAAAAGUGUUUCACGAUCUCGAUCUAGGUCAAAGAGCAGAUCUCGUUCAAAAUCAAAGAGCGUAUCGAGAUCUCGGUCGAGGUCUCGCUCAAGGUCCAAGAGCGGGUCUCGAAGCAGGUCCGGAUCCCGCGCGUCCAGGUCCCGGUCUAGAUCCGGGUCCAGGUCUAGAUCUGGUUCAAGAAACUCAAGACCAGACACACCAGUCUCCAGAAAGUCCGUAUCCGCUAGUGAAGAUGAAGCUUAGACUAAGUUGUGAAUAUAAGUCCUUUAGUUUUACGUUACUUUUCAUUACCUACAAGGUAAGACAAUUUUCAGUUUGCAAUGUUCAUAAGUAUUUACUAAAUGUUUACUUUAGUUUUUUUAAGUUUAUUGACAAGAAAAACCGGGGCUGGGAUUUCUUACUUUUAAUUUAAAUAGACGAAAAUAUAGACUUGACUAAUAAUUGACCAAUGCAGAAACAAUUUAAGACUAGAUUUAUAAACAAAUGCAUGUUAUAUCUGCAUUCCAUAGAGGAUAAACUACGGAAAUGCUUUACAAAUCCCGCCCUUAGUCCAAUCACUGGAGUAAACGUACACUGAACCUUACAUAUAGAAGAAUUAAAGUAGAUAGUUUAAUUAAUGUCAAUGGAUGUUGCAAUAUAUCCACGAGUUGUGUGAACAGAAAUGUCAUGUAUGUUGAUAUUAUUACUGUUAGAAAUAUAUAUUACCACUGUAUCUAUCUUCUAAACCAUAUCUUCCUAAAAACAUAAUGUGUUUUGCAAGGACUCUUACUGACUGUAGUUUCCUAUAUACUUCUACUUAUUUAUCUGUUCCCAUUAAAACUUUGUAUUGUGUUCUGACAUUUUAUUCAGCGAUGUAUAGUAUAAAAUAAAACAGAAAACUACAAAA